AUGCCUAUGGAUAGAUUUUUACCAAAGCCAAAAGGUACACCUGGAAUAAGUAGAGGAGGAGCCAGAGGAGGAUCAAGAGGUGGUGGUAGAGGAGGACCUAGUAGAGGUGGAAGAGGAGGAGCACCUUUUAGAGGUGGAAGAGGAGCACCGAGAGGAGGAAGUGGAUUUAGUAGAGGUGGUGGAUUUUAAAGAGGAGGAGGUUAUGGAAGAGGAGGAUUUAAAAAAUGA